UGACGGUUACAGUGCCAGCUCUCUAACUACCUGUCUGCGAUACCGUUUGCACUACUGUAUUUGCCUUCUCAGGUUUCAGGAGUGAUCCUGUUGUUGUUUUUCUCCACAACGCAGAGUCAGCUUGGAUGGAUGGACACACAGUACCGCUGUGACACGAGAAAGACUUGACUGUGUUGCAUUGCAGCGACAAAGAAAGACUUAAGUGUGUGAAGAAUGAACAGCAGCCACCAGGAAACAUCAGCAGACAUACAGGAGACAGAGUUUGGGAGUCCUGCCCUGUCCAAACAGAGGAGGAUCAUCCACUUCUCCAAUGGAGAAACUCUGGAGGAGGAAGACAGUGAGGAGGAGGAGGAGCAGGUCUCAAACAGACCUCCCUUCUUGGAACCUGCAGAGAAGGCUAGGCUGUCAUUCAAGAAUGUGGCCAUUCUAGUUGGGAGGAUUUCACUGCUGACUUGCGAUUUCCUUGGAGAGAGACUGGCUGGUGCACUAGGAUUGACUGCAGCCAAAUACCAGUACGCUAUAGAUCAGCAUCAUCAAAAUCAGAAGAGAAAAAGCAGCAAAGCCACAGACAACCUGAUGGAAGGACAGGCAGAGACGAUCCAACUCUCUCCUGGACUGGAUGGGAGUCAUUAUGGAGCUACAGGAGAUAUGAAAUGCCUUGCUAAAUCCCAGGAGAGCUGCGAUGAGAAACAUAUGGACACAAGCAGAGGAUGUCAAAACAGAGCCUAUCAGGCAGAUGAGGUUACAGAGGUGUAUAAGAACGGUGAGGAUGAGAACCCAAUCCUAAACCUGGGAUCAGAUGCCAACUUAUUUGAAGGAGACAUUUUUGUUCCACAAGGAAAGAAUGCCAUGAUUGACAAAAGAUACAGAUGGAAAUUUCCAAUUCCUUACAUUCUGGGUGAUGAUUUGGAUUUGAAUGCCAAGGGCUGCGUCCACCAGGCUUUUGAAAUGUAUCGGCUGAAGUCUUGUGUUGACUUCAAGCCUUAUGAGGGAGAGAAGACAUUCAUCAAGUUUGAAAAGAGAGGAGGAUGUUUCUCCAGUGUUGGUGACCAGCAGAUUGGCCAGAUUCUGUCUUUGGGCACAGGGUGUGACCACAAGGCAGUGAUUGAACAUGAGCUACUCCAUGCUCUGGGGUUUUAUCAUGAACAGUCCCGAACAGACAGGGAUGACUAUGUUGACAUCUGGCUGGAUCAGGUUAUACCAGGACUUGAACACAACUUCAACAAAUACAACGAUGACUACAUCACCGAUCAAAACACGGCAUACAACUACGAGUCUGUGAUGCAUUACAGGCCCUUCUCCUUCAAUAAGAAUGACUCUAUCCCCACUAUCACCACCAAGAUUCCAGAGUUCUACAACAUCAUUGGUCAGUACCUCGACUUCAGCGAGAUGGAUACCCUAAGGCUGAACCGGAUGUAUAACUGCUCUGGUCCUCUCACCCUGCUAGACCAGUGUGCCUUUGAAUAUGCCAGCAUCUGCGGGAUGAUCCAGGCCUCCACUGAUGAUGCCGACUGGGUCCAUACCAAGAGCAGUGUGGGUGCUGAGGAUCACACACUUCUGGGAAAAUGCAGAGAUGCUGGCUACUUCAUGCACUUUAGCACCAUGACUGGGAAGCCUCAGGAGUCUGCUCUCCUGGAAUCCCGAACCCUCUAUCCCAAGAGGAAGCUUCAGUGUCUGCAGUUCUUCUACAAGAUGACAGGAAGCUCCAAGGACAGGCUGGUGAUCUGGGUUAAGAUGGAUGACGGCACAGGCACCGUUCGUAGAAUGAAGAAAAUACACACCUUUUAUGCUGAUUCUGACCACACAUGGAAGAUCGCCCAUGUCCCAAUGGAAGUAGGAGUAAAAUUCCGUUAUGCUUUCCAAGCUGUGCGCGGUGAUCCCUCUGCAUCUGCUGGUGGCAUCUUCAUCGACGACAUCAGCCUAACCGAGACACGCUGCCCCAACGGCGUGUGGAGGAUCCAGAACUUCUCCAAGAUCAUGGAAACGGCUGACCACGACACAUUCAUUGACAGCCCUCGUUUCUACAGCCCUGAAGGCUACGGUUACGGUGUCCGUAUCUGGCCACUGUCGACUUACGCUGAUUACACUGGGAACUACACAGGGCUGUAUUUCUUCCUGGCCAGCGGGGCAAAUGAUGUGGUGAUGCAGUGGCCAGCAGUAAACAGACAGGCCACCUUGGUUGUGAUGGACCAAGACCCAGACAUUAAGCUGAGGAUGUCCACCGCUCGCAGCCUCACAACUGAUAUGAGGAAGACCCCAGAUGGAAAGUUCUUUUGGGACAAUCCCGCCAAAGUGGGGACAUAUGACCCUUCCUGUGAUUGCUACAAAAGUGAAUCAUGGGGCUGGCGGAAUUUUGUCAAGCACUUUGACCUCAGGCGGCGCAAUUAUCUCAAGAACGAUGACCUCAUCAUCUUCAUCGACUUUGAGGAUAUAACAUCACUAAUCAACACAGAAGUGCCCAUUAAACCAAAGGAGUGAGGUCACACAAGAUUUUAUGUCAUGAUUAACUGCAGAUGCAACAUAUGCAGCUGAGAUGAGAAGAACUACCAGUGGAGAUGAAGAAA